AUGCCUUCUAUUUCAAAUUUGAAGAGCAGUAAGAUGGCCAUCGCCCGCAGUAGAAUCCCCAGCAACUCCACCCCUCAACCCUUGUGUCCUGAUCACAUCAUCAACCUCGCGCGUAUGGCGGCGGUCAAGGCUCGAGACGCUGCAGAAGCAUAUUUCACGCUCUGUAACUUCGAAUAUGCAAUCAUGCAAGCCAAGGUAGCAAAAGAGUUUGAUCCAGAUUUUCAUGCUAUGGACAACUACAUAGCUGCAUACCAAGUUCAUUCUGCCGUGUCACACAAGCAAAACUGGUACCGUGUUCUCGGCAUCGAAACCGCUACAGUCGCUGACUCAGAAACCAUCAAGAAACAAUACAGGAGAUUGGCACUUUCCUUGCACCCCGACAAGAAUGCAUCACUAGCGGCGGAGGGUGCUUUCAAGCAUGUUAAGGCGGCAUGGGACGUUCUCUCUAACCCUGCUAAAAAAGAAGCUUACGACAAGUCUUUGAAGCGACAGUUUCAAGCGGCUCAUGGUUCCAAUAAGCGCAGAGCCAGUAAGUGCAAACCACCGCAGUCGAAGAGGUCUAAUACCUUCCCUUGCAAAAGGUCUAGCCCUAGCGGUGAUGGGAGCUGCUACAAGAAAACCAUUAAGAUUAUUAGAAAAUCAAGUCCAGGCCAAAAGGCAACUGUGAUGAUGGUAUCCGUAUGCCGAGUGGCUUAA